AGCCCGUAGUCUUGGCGGAAGCGGUUCUGGUUACCAUGAGCGACGGGGACAUCGGAGCCAAACGGUCGGAUUUAACCGGGAGCUCGGGUUGAAAGGCGGCCGAACGGCUGAUCCCAAGAUGGCUUUACCUACAAUUCCAUCCAGGUGGAGUAGCCGAAAUAGAGUCCUGGAACAGCAGAUUAUUCGUCAGCGGGAUCAGGAGGAGCGCCUUCGUAGGCAGUGGGAGAUGCAUCGUCAGUACUUCCAAAAACAAGACGUGCGAAGCAAUAAACAGGCACAAUGGAGUUCAAGACAGUCUUUUCAGCAAAGUAUGUCAGCAUACCACCGAAAUCGCCAACAGCAGGAAAAAUUAUGUAACCUGGAGCAACGACGGAAAAAACUGCAGUGCUUACUGCAAGAGGAGCAAGAUCUCCUUGAAGCCGAGCUUCGUGAACUAAAGAUAGACACGAGGUCUGUUAUCCAGGAUGCAAAGGAGACGGCCGAGGAACUGAAAUCUGCCCGUGAGGAGCGAAGGAAAAAGGUAGCUGAACAACUGUUGUAUGACCACUGGAAAAAGAACAAUAUAGAAUUGCGUAAGAUUGAGUCGGAAUUACACAAGAUGCAUGUGACAGGCAGUUGGUCUUCACAGAUCACAGAAAAACAGCAGAAAGAAGAGGCAGAGAUGGAAGAGAAGAAAAGGUUAGAAAACAAAUAUGAAAUUGCACGAAAGCAGGCUGUGGAACGAAUGAAGCAGGAAGAGGAGCGGAGAAGACAGGAAGACCUGAAGCAGGCAGAAAUUCUGCGACAACAAAUGGAGGAGCUGCGUCUACGGGAGAUUGAGGCCAAAAAUCUCAAGGCAGAACAGGAAAAACUGUUGAAACAACGAUGGGAGCUGGAGAAUCUGGAAGAGGAAAGGAAACAGUUGGAACAGCGACGAAAGAAGUCUGAGCUUGGCCGGAUACUGAAUCGUCAGUACAAGACGCAGAUGAGGAGACGUGCACAGCAGAUCCAAGAAGAAUUGGAGAUGGAUCGCCAAUUUCUUGCAUCACUGAUUGAAAAAGACGAGGCAGACCAACAACUGCAGUCAGCGAGGCGUGAACAGGCUGUAGCCGAUGCUGCAUGGAUGAAGAAAGUCAUUGAGGAACAGCUUCAGUUGGAGAGAGAGCGUGAGGCGGAGUUGGACACUGUAUUCAGGGAAGAGGCCCAACGGAUGUGGCAGAAACGAGAAGAGGAGUGGGAAAGAGAGAGGCAAGCAAGAAUGCGUUUAAUGCAGGAGGUAUUUGUAGGACGACAGCAGCAAAUCUUGGAGCGGCUUGAUAUGAAUCGACGUGCUCAGGAGGAAUCAGUUCAGCGUCGCGAGGACCUGAUCCGGGAGCUAGAGGAACUGAAAGAAACAACAAAGCGUGAGAAAGAGGAAGAGGAAGAGCUGAAAACUGCUCGCAAGGAGGAACUUGCAGCACAGGUUGAAGAGCGGAGGAGGCAGGAGCUGGAAGAGUUACAACGCCAACAGGAAGAGGAAAACGAGGAAAGGCUUGAAGAAAGACAGCAUGAAGAGAUGCUUCAACAUGAGGCCAAGCUGAUGAGGCAGCGAGGCUAUGAACCGAAGAUGUUCCACCGACCAAGAAUAGCCUGGACAUAGCUCAGAAGCUGAGAAAUAUAAGACCGGCUUGUGAAAAUUGAGCCUUGCCUUGGAAUGGAUUGAGUAUCUGAAUCAAAUCCUUGUUACUUUGAUUUUCUCAAUGUAACCAGACAGAGCCAAGUUUUCCUGAUGGCUUUCAGUUUCUCACUCCCCAUAUUCGGAAUUAACUGCUGUGCAACACCAAUUUAUUUUUUGAGCUGGGUGAUCACAUUAAUUGUCAGUUAACAAGGCUUUUGUUUUGUUUUAUGUGACCCUGAUUCUCACUGACCCUGCUGUUCCCUCACUUUUUGUUUUAAUCUGGAAGGGAAGGGAAAAACAGGAAGAGAGAUUGAGGAAUGGGUUUGGAAGCUUGGGAAAGAAGAUGAUUAGGGAUUGCAAGAGAGAGAUUGCACAUUAGUGCUGUGGAAUAGGAGUGAAUUAGGAGGCUAGCAUACUAUCAAGGAAGGAAGCACAGACUUAGGAAACAAUGUGAUUUAACAACAUUUAACAUACUUGGAGAUUUCAGAACAGAAAUGGUAACCUUUUUGGUAGAUAUUUAAAUAUUGAUGCAAAAUAUGUUAAUAUUCUUAAUUUAAAGAUCUAGAGGACACAGCUGAUUUCAGUUAACAUUCCUGAACACAAGGUUAAUGAUAAAUUAUGCUUUUGUAAUGAAUUUUAUAAGUUUGUUUUUACUUAGUCAAGCUCUAACUCUUCAAAAAGUGUAUGAGGUCAUUUUCAUUACAGAGCCAACAUCUUCAUCUGGAAUUUUCUGCUGUGCUGUUUAACCCCUCAAAUUGAAGACCAUCAAGCUGAAAAUGCUUAAUUUUAUUCACCCAACCAGUAUCAUUGGCUUCACAUGCUGGGUGCAUGUUUGUCUCGCUCUGAAUAUUUUUAAAAAGAUUUCUGACUUCAGGAAGCAAUUUCUGACCACAUCAGAGGAUAAGGAGGCAGACAUGCUAUGUUAUCAACCCUUCAUUCUGGCAUGUGGCUGCUCCAUCCUGUCACAUUACUGAACAAUUUGCCAGCUAAAACUGGGGAGGUAAAAUGUUGACUGGAUAGCUCACAGUUGUAGAUUGCCUGCUUACUUCUGGCAAUGGGAAUACAUUACAAAGGCCCAGAGCAAAACAGGGAUCAAAAAUGCAGAUGUUAGUUGAGUUUUAAUAUUGCCUAUUUAAACAGCUCCAAUUUAUCACUGAAAAGAGAGACAAGUUAAUGAAACUGUAUCUUGAUCUUAGAUCAGAACAAUGCCAAACACUCAGAUGAUCACAACAAUUUAUACUGUAGGAGAAAGAUUCCUUGGCAAGUUGCUUCUGAUUGACCCGAGGUGUCACAAAACAUCACUUUAGAUUAAAUUAGCUGCUAAGCAGUUGAAAAUAGGAUAGAUUUCAUUUGGCAUUAAUCAUUUUAACGUGGAAGGGCCAUUUGGGUCAUGCCUUUGGAAACAUCUUUGAAUCUUUUUUUGCUUAAGCAUACUUUUACUGGCAAAAUGCAAUGUUCGAAAAUGAUUUUAAUCUCUUCCUGAGUCAGAUUUAAUAUAAAUCAGAGCUGAAGCAGAAAUUAAACAAAUAUUUUUCAGAAAAUAUUGAGCAGCUUGGGCCUUUGAGGUCUUAGCUCUUUGUAAAUAGCAGUGCAAGUCUUAAUGUCAUUUGGGUCUUGUCACAAAAAUAUUCCCAUUGCUCAGUCUAUCCACUUGUUGAUGGAACUAAUCUGUGUGUGAAAGGUGACUUCACUUAAUUAGGAACAGUCACUGUUCAUAGCUGUUUAUCUAGUACAACACUCAGGAGUAUUUUAUAACCAUUUAAAUUUCAGACUAUUAAAACCUUUAAAAGCUCUUCUAGUAUAACCAUUCAACUGAUUAAUUGCCAAUUCACUUGUACUCUUGAUGGCUCUGAAAUCCAGCCUGGGAAGCCAACAAGUGUCUCUUUACUUGCUUUCAGACUGAAUUAUUGAUGUUUGUAAUAUAGCAUUUAAGUUUAUCAAAAGCUUUCCAGCUUUUGUUUUCUAGGCUUUGCACUUAGCAUGUGACUUUUCAUCAUAGAGGCAAUGAUCAUGAAACAGAAAAACACUUACAAUUUGAAACUGUGAAUGCUAUUUAUUUUAAUUAGUUAUUGUUUUAUGAAU